AUGCUGGUGGGCAAGGAGAACGUGGGCAAGACCACGCUGCUCCACUGCCUCACCACGCUGCUCCACAACCCCAAGGCCGCCAAGAAGUCCGCCUCCGAUUUCUUCGCCGCAACCGCCAAGGGCAAGAAAGUUCCCUCACACCUCAGGCAUAUGCCGCUGAGCACGGACGGCAUUGGAAUGGGCGAGUUGUCGACGAGCGCUUGGGUGGCCGCCCGGCGCAAGGGCAAGACCGACCCGGUCACCUUCCAGACAUACGACUUUGGCGGGCAGAUGGUGUUCUACCCGACGCAUCAGCUCUUCCUCACCGCCCGAUCCAUCUACCUGGUCGUGUUCAACGUCGUCGAGGACGACCGCAAUCAUGUACUUUAUUGGCUCAAGCAGGUGCGAGCGUCGACCAAGGGAAAUGAAACGCCCAUCAUCGUGGUGGGCACACACAUCGACCACCCCGACUGUCCCAACGCGCAGGCACUCACCACCAUCGGCAAGCAAUUGCAGCGAGAGGAGCGAUGGGUGCGGAAGGUGUGCUACGUCAGCUGCAAGUCGGGCGAUGGCCUCGAGGAGCUCAUGGAGUCGAUUAUCGAUUUGGCCAAUCAGCACAGCUUCCUCAAGCAGCUCAUCCCCGGCAGCUACUACACGCUGCACCAGACCAUCACCAACCUACGCACCGGCAAGGUGCAGGUUGACGCCCCGAAGUUGCCUGGCAAGAGCGACGAGGCUGACGAAGCGGACGAACAGCACCAAGCGGGGUUCAGCACGGCGUACGGGGCGGACAGAGUGGACUCGCAGUCCAGCCAGGUGCUGCGGUGGACCACCUGGGACCACCUGGUCAAGCUGGCCCAGGGCUGCGGCAUCAACAGCGAGGAGCUGGUCGAGGUGGCGCGCUUCCUGUACGACGCCGGUACGCUGGUGCACUUCGACGACGCGUUCAGCGGGCUGCAGGAUCUGGUGGUGAUCGACCCGCAGUGGCUGGCCGACGUCAUGAAGAGCAUCAUCUCCUUCAACAACAAGUGGGUCAAGAACGGCGCCAUCACACAACGGGAGCUCUACAAUUGGGCGUGGCGAGACUAUCCGGCCAACAUCCGUCCGGCGCUCCAACGAAUCUUCGAAAAAUUCCAGAUCAUCUACCACCUGCGACUGGACCACAUGCUGCAAGAGGAGGAGACGACCAAUGGAGAGGCGGAAAUGGAGAAAGAGAAGGAGAAGGAGAAGGUCGAGAAGCGGUUUAUGGUGCCCAGUUUGUUGCCGGAGGACCCGCCCGAGGAGGUACUCAACAGGGCCUGGCCGCCGAACAAGUGCGAGGACGUCGCCGAAUACGCCCGCAUCUACGAACUCAAUGACUUCAUCCCCAUCGGCCUCUUUGCGCGUCUCAUCGUCCGCAUGAUGCACAUCCCCGGAGUGCGGCUGCUGGUGGCAUGGCGAACGGGAGUGGUGGUCGAGGCGGAUUUGCCGUCGUCAUCGGGUCGAUCCGAUGAUAAGCCGGCCACCUACCAGGCGCUGGUGCGGCAGUUGGACAAGCCCGAGUACAAGAUCGAAGUGCUCGUGCGAGCGACGGGUGGCGCGCACUCGGGGGCCGACGGUGACGGCAGCGAGCGCAAGAGCGUCGACGAGGGCAUCAAGCGGGACAAGGGCAAGGACAAGAAGAAGCAGCAGGAGCAGGGCGAAGACGCCACCGACGAGCAGGGCAAGGAGAAGAACAUCUACAAAUCUACCGAGCAGAAGCUCUUCAGCAGCGUCCUUCAGGGAGUGGAUAAGACGACGGAGACGCGAGACAAGGACCGCGGCGGAGAGAAGGUGUUCCUGCUGGAGCAGGUGAUCUACCUCAUCGAUGUGCUUCUUCAGGGCUACACGGGCCUCGAGGUCUCCCGAAAGAUUCCCUGCAUCCUCCCCUUCCCCGACACACCCGAGCGCCGCUGCAGCCACCUCUUCACCUAUGCCGACUGCGUGGAAUCGGUGAUGCUGGGCCGGCGAGUCGAGUGCCCCAUCCACGGGACGUCGAUCAGCGUGCACCGCCUGGCGCCAGAUCUGGCCAUCGGGUCGGUGCGGUUCAUCGAGGAUUCGGAGCUGCGCAAGGGCAACCAGAUCGGUCAGGGUGGCUACGGUCUCGUCUACAAGGCCUCCUGGAACAACACCCCCGUCGCCCUAAAGCUCCUCAUCGUCAAGCACCAAGAUGAGGAACUCGAGGAGCGGGAAAAGCAGAGCACCAAGCACUACGAUGAGUUCAAGCACGAGGCCUUCCUUAUGAGUUGCCUGGAGCACGAAAACGUGAUCCGGCUGUACGGCAUUUGCUACAACCCGCUGGGCAUGGUCAUGGAGUUUGCCGGCAACGGCGAUCUGCACGACCUCCUCGAGAGCCUCCAGAAGGGCAAGGUCAACAAGGACCCCUACUCACUCCAAUCGGGCAAGCACCGGCUGUUGCCCCUGAAGGCGGGCGAUUCGGUGAUCAUUCUGGGCAAGAAGAAGAAGACCGACCUCUACGAAGUGGAAACCAUGUACGGCGAGAAGGGACUCUUCCCCAGCGAGCUCAUCGACCUGGGCAAGGCGCCGCGCAAGGACGAGCAGAUCCCGUGGGCCCUGCGCUGGCGCAUCGCCCUCGACGUGGCCAAGGGGAUGAACUACCUGCACUCCUUCCAGCCGCCCAUCGUGCACCGCGAUCUCCGCUCCCCCAACGUCUUCCUGACGGCGUUCGAGUCCGACGCCAAGACGGUGGCCAAGGUGGGCGAUUUCGGUCUCGCUCGCCACGUGGACCCGCGGCUGCACGAAGGCUUGCCCACGUGGCAGUGGCUAGCACCCGAAAUCCUGGAUCACGAGAACACCGAAUAUGACGAACGAUCAGAUAUCUACAGCUUUGGCAUCGUGAUGUACGAAAUCGCGUCGAGGAAGCUGCCCUACACCGAGGAGUACUGGGACCGCUUCCAGAGGAACGGGUACUUCCAGGCGAAGGACUGCCAGAACGCCAUCGUCAAGGAUCAGUGCCGCCCCACCCCGCCCGCCGACUGUCCACCCGAAUUCUCCAAGCUCAUGCAGGCCUGCUGGGCGCACAACCCGCACGACCGGCCGUCGUUUACGCAGGUGGUGAAGACGAUCAGCGCCUACAUCGACUCUUCCGCUCAGCCCCGGCUUUGA